AUGCAUAAAUAUAAAUUCAACGAGAUUACCAACCUCCUAAAAAAAUGUUUUCCGUUUUCUUUGACUGAGACUCAUCAUCUGUCGUCGUCACACAAUGAGUUGCUACUUUCUAAACGUUUUCCGCCUUCCGAACGCAAUGGAGAAAAGAAUCAAUCGGUAGUAAUAUCAGGGGAAAGUGGAGCCGGCAAGACGGAGACCACCAAAUUUAUAUUGCAGUAUCUAUGCGCGGCUGGCGGUCAGGCUUCUUGGGCUGAACAGCAGAUUUUAGAAGCCAAUACUGUUUUAGAAGCUUUUGGUAACGCAAAAACUGUCCGUAACGAUAACUCAUCGCGCUUCGGCAAAUUCGUCGAAGUACGAUUAGACAACCGAGGUGGUAUAAGAGGCGCUGUGCUUAGGGAUUUUCUGCUGGAACGCGCCAGAAUCACCGGUCCGUCGCCGCGUGAGACCAACUAUCACGUCUUCUAUCAGCUUGUUGAGGGAGCUAAGCAUAAUGCGGAAUUAAGGCAAACCCUACGUCUUCGUGACGAUGUCCAAUAUAAAUACUUACGGCCUGAGGACGAAGAGACGCGGAAGGGCCGCGGGGGGGAGCAGGGCAAGUUGGAAGCGUUACAGCUCGCGCUUACCGUAUUGCAAGUGCCGCCGCAUAUGUGUGAGGGACUGUUUAAAGUACUUGCAGCUAUUUUGUGGCUUGGAAAUGUUCAAUUCCAGGAUGUAGACGGGGAAAGAACAACUCUAGCGCCUGACGACGCUGAAGCAGUGGAUGCAGUUGCAAAUUUGCUUGGCCUUCCACCAGAGACGGCUAGAAGAGUUCUGUUGGAGCGACAGAUCAACGUUCGAGGGAAUGUCACAGAUAUUCCUUUGCGAUUACAUGAGGCUCGCGAGAACCGUCACGCAAUGGCGCGUGCGCUCUACGCUCGUACUUUCGCCUGGCUCGUCAGACACGUUAACAGCUGUUCGACACCAGGCCAUGACGCACCUCGAGCUCUUGGCGUACUGGACAUUUUCGGCUUCGAGAACUUCACUGCCAACUCGUUGGAACAACUCUGCAUCAACUACGCGAACGAGAAAUUGCAUAUGUUCUUUAAUAAUUACGUUUUUGCUCUGGAACAAGAGAUCUACCGCCAAGAAGGAAUCGUGUACAACCAAAUUCAGUUCACCGAUAACAGUUCUUGUCUGGAAUUGUUGGAGAAACCACCGAGAUGCUUGCUCAAACUGUUGAGUGAACAGUGCCAUAUGCCAAAGGGAUCAGAUGGAGCGUACCUAACAAAUAUACAAAGCGAAUUCGGCGACCACCAAAGCUUCGUGAAAGGAUCUCGUCGAAAAUGGGAAGAAGAAUUCGGAGUCAACCAUUACGCUGGAGCCGUGACAUAUAGUGUCCAGGGUUUCGUCGAUAAGAACAGAGAUACACAGCAGGAUGCCUUUAUUGAUCAUCUCAGCAGGUCUGCUAAUCCUUUUGUGAGGGAGCUGGCGGACUAUGUGCAAGAGUUGGCGCCUCCGGGACAGGACAUGUCACUGUCGAGUCCAAACUCGACGAGCACAACGCAACGAGGCACGUCGAAAGGGCGACCGACAGUCGUGGACACGUUCAGAGCGCAACUGCAAUCGCUUGUCGAUAUGUUACAAGCUACAGAUGUCUGGUACGUACGAUGCAUAAAGCCGAACGAAGACAAAGAAGCGGGUACGUACAACGAUCAGCUGGUACUGGAACAACUGCAGUACUUGGGCAUGAACGAAAUAGUGAAGAUUAGGAGGGAUGGUUAUCCCGUUCAUCUGCCGACGCCGAUCUUCCAAGCGCGAUAUCGGUGUCUGCUGCCGCAUCCGAGGCCUAAGAACCCGGAUAUUGCAGCAAUAAUGGCGCUAGUAAAUGCCCCGAACAAUGACUGGCAAGUCGGUCAUACGAAGAUAUUCAUGAGGAGCUCUGUGCACUCGCCGCUUGAGGCUAUGAGGACAGCAUUGAUACAAUCAUCUGCGUUGCGAAUACAGAAGUGGUACAAGGGCACCUUAAAGCGACGCCAAUAUCUCCAAUGGCGCAAUGCAGUUGUAGUGCUGCAAGCAGCGUGUCGCGGCUGGAAGGAGCGCGCUGCUUUCUUGAGACUUCGCCGUUCCGCUCUUAUCUUGCAGCGGUACUUGAGAGGCGCAUUUGCCAGGGAAGUCGCUGCGGCUUUGAGAGAGAUGAAGAGGGUCAACCAGGAGAUCAAGUUGAGGGAAGAAAGGAAUAGUCUUGCCGAAAAAGCCAACCAAGAACGCGUAGAACUGGAAAACAUGGCCGACCAGUUACGAGGCCUCACAGCACCUGCAGCAAAUCGCGCGGACUCUGUCAACUUGGACAACCUGUUCGACUUCCUCGCGGAUGUGCCGACGCAGCGCGGCGCGCCUGACGGACAGCCUGACUCGCAUCAACCGACCAUCGCCGAGAUCGGCGAUUCUAUGGCGAGACUGGCUGAUGAUUUGCAUCAAGAACUGGAACACGUGCUAGCAGCAGAAAUGAACGAACUGAGCAAAGAGCGCACAGAAUCACAACGCAAGCCGGACGGAGCUCCAUCCGAAGCUAUUCCACCCUCGCCUCCCUCACUGCUUAUCCCUCCCGCGGCUCCCACAAUGCCUAUUCCACCUUCGCCUCCUUCCUCUCUGCCUAUCCCACCUAUUGCACCCAUGACGUCAUCUAUGACAUCGUCUAUCAACGGCAUCACGUCGAUGACUUCGUCAAUGAACGGCUUGUCGACCGCGUCGAUGACGCAAGGCAUCUCUCCAAUGUCCAAUGGGGACUCUAUGACGUCAUCUCUCAUACUCCCGCCGCCGCCUCCGCCACCAUUAGACAUACCAGAGGAGUCACCUAUGGCUGUAUUCCCGCCGCCGCCGGCGAAUACUUUGCCAGAGCCGGCUGGCCCACCGCCGCCACCCCCUAAUGCCAAUGCCAAAGAUAUAACCCCACCAGAGAUGACGAACGGCGUGAUACCAAACGGCAAGCUAUCAGUCCUGAACGGUCGCCGAAAGGAGCCGAUAUACGAGUCAGUGAUCCCGCGUCCGCCUGGAGCCGAAGCGCCGGCUAAGGAGCCCGCCCCGAUAUCUCCGCCACCGCCGCCAUUGUUGCCAGAGAACAAUGGAUUCCCUAUGAAUGAGCCAGAGAAAAUAGAAGCGGAACCCGAGGCUCCUCUACCGCCACUACCCAACAACGUGGCACCGCGAUCAAUGACUAGCAGCAUGACGUCACAGAAGUCUAUGCCCACUGGCGGGGCCGCCGCGCCGCAGCACUUAGCCGCGCCCUCGCCACCGCCGCCCGUGCCAAUGGACACAUGCAUGAGCCCGCCGCCGAUUGUCAACGGAGAUAGUAACAACACGGAACGCAACGCGCGUCGCAAGGAACGUGUGGAGCGACGGCUGCAUCAGAUGGAGGUAGCAGCUUCCCCACCAACGUCAGCGGUACCGCCAACCACCCCGCCCACCGACGCUGCUAAUGAUCUUGCAGAGUUCGCCAAAUUGUACUUCAACGACCAUCCUAGGUCACCUGAAGGUACUAUAAUAGCAACACUGACUCGCAAGAGUAAAUCGAUGGAGAUUCUGACGAAGGAGGAAAUGAUCAUCUACCACAAGGGCAACAACAUCCCUACCUCACACAUCCAGCUGCACGACCCCGACAGCGUCACUGCUGCUGUUAACCUCUUCAGGGAUCUUUGUCGGUAUAUGCGUGGCGAACUGACGGUGGACAAAGAGACUCAAGUGAUCCAGUCGAUUAUAGCCAAAGGUCUAGAGCGGGAAGAACUGCGCGACGAGAUAUUGGUUCAGUGUGUCAGACAGAUAACGGAAUGUCCUGUGGAAGAAUGGGCAGAGCGCGUAUGGCUGAUCCUUUGCCUGUGCGCCGUGGCGUGGCAGCCGAGCCGCGGGUUGCAGAAGUACUACUGCACGUGGCUGCGGGCGCGCGCGCGGCAGACGCCUGCGCAGCGCUCUGCGCACUGCGCGCAGUGGUGCUUGGACAACUGCAGGGGGGCUGCGCCGAGGCAGCUCCCACCCAGUACUGUCGAGAUCGCGGCAAUGCGUCGUCUCGGCACCAUAGUAUGCCGUUUUUUCUUCCUGGACGGACGCACAAAGGCCAUCGACGUGCACCCCGCGGACACAGCUGCUGCGGCGGCGGCGCGACUCGCCGACAAGUUAGGACUGGCGCCGCAGUCGCGCGUGGGCUGGGCAGUCUACCAACAGAGAGGGGGCAAGGAGGAACACGUGCGCGCCACGCAGUACUUGUAUGACGUCAUCGCCGCCUGGGAAAUGCAACAAGGUCCCGGCGGCGGAUCCGCGGACAACAGGUUCGUGUUCAAGCGACGGCUUUUCCGCGGCGGACGCGACUUGCCGCACGACCCCGUCGAAGUCGCCUUGCUGUACGCGCAGGCGGUGCACAGCGUCGUAAAGAUGGACGAGUUUCCGGUAUCUGAAAAGGUGGCCCUUCAACUGGCCGGGCUGCAGGCGCAGGUGUCCCUGGGCGAGCCACCACCGAGUCCCCCGCCGCCGCACACGCGAGCCUACUACUCACACCCCGAACAGUUUCUGCCGCAACGCAUUGCCAGGGCUCGGCCAGCGCACCAAUGGGCUACAAUCCUCGCCCAGGCGCAUCGUCAAUACGGAGCUGGCCGUGCAGAACUGACUGCCAAAGCGCUGUACCUCUCUUGCGUGAUGCAGUACCCGCUGUAUGGGGUUACGCUCUUCCCUGUCACUUACAAGGGUUAUUGGGCGCAUGGUCCAAACGUUCUACUCGGAGUGGGCUCUGAAGGCGUAGUGCUGGUCCGACCAGCUGAUAAGGUCGUUCUGGCAGAGUAUCCGUACAGCAACAUCGCGGCGCUGCUCAUGGAUCCCGUCGACAAUGGGCUCACCAUCAGUUUGACUCACCAUGGACAGCAUGAUGGCCAUCGAUGCAUAGUCUUAGAGUCGCCUCAAAAGCAUGAGGCGGCCUGGCUGAUGGCAGCUUACAACCCCGUCCUGGCCAACGGGCUGGCCGACGAGCCGCCGCGCCGCGCCGCGCCCGCCGCGGAGCGGUCGCGUCUCGCGGGCGCGCUCAAGGGCGCCCGUCGCGCACUCGUCGACUCGGGCAUACUGCGCCGGCCUACGGAACAGGCCGCCGGCAACUUCUUGAGGAAUACUCUCAGAAGACUAAGCAAGCACCGUCUCGAAAAAGUGCGUCUAGACAUGGCAGCGGAGACGCAAGGCGAGUGUUACAAGGGUUUCCCACCGGGCUACUGGUGUUGGUCGCGCACGUUACCGCACAGCCUCACGAAGCUAAACGAGGCAGAGGAAGUCGCCGCCAUGCAGAUAUUCAAGGAUAUAAUGAGCCACGCGGGUUUGAGUACGAGUGAGGGCGGCAGCACGACGAGCAGCUCGACUAGUCUGGCGAACAACAACAGCGUGGGCAGCGGCAGCGGCGGCGGCGAGGGCGAGGCUGACGACCGCGUCGCACUUGCGCAGGCUCUACUACAGCGCUGUCUGCAGAAAGACUCGUUACUCGUCGAGCUCUACGUCCAGCUUAUCAAACAGACGACAGACCACCCGGAGCCGUCGUCUCGCGUAUCGGCGCGGCAUUGGGCGCUGCUGUGUUGCGCUGUGGGUGCGGCGCUGCCGCCCAGCAAGCCCGUACGGCGGUUAUUGCUGGCUCAUUUACGGUAUCGCGGCACAGCGCUACACACCGGCGAGGAGGGGAAGUUUGCGCGUCGGGCUGAACAGGUGGCGCUGAGCAUCGCGCAGGUGCCUCGGCGCGUGGCGGCUCCGUCCCGCGAGGAGGUGCUAUGCGCCGCGGCGCGACGCGGCCUGCACGCGCGCGUGCUGCUGCUCGACGGCAAGCAGCAUGGGCUCGUCUUUGGACCCGCCGCCACCGCGGAUCAUCUAGUGCAGAUGCUGCGUGACAAGAUCGGGCUCGCCGAUACUGCCACCGGAUACGCUCUGUACGAAGUGUGCGCGACUCCUGCGCCAGCGGGCGCGGGCGAACGCGUCCUGGGCGGCAACGAACGCGUAGGGGAUGUUCUCGCGAGAUGGGAGAAAGCCGGAGCGACGGCUGCUGCUUGCAGACUGGUGUUCAAGAAGCGUCUAUUUUUGGGCGAACGACCGCUGCAUUCGAGUUGCGCUGCGGAGAUGGAGUUAUUGUACUAUCAAUUGUUACACGCCGUGCGCCACGAUCGCCUGCCCAUCGAGAUGGAUGAGGCCGUGAUGCUGGCGGCGCUGCACGCGCAGGUGGUGAGCGGCGACUGCCUGGGCGGCGGCGAGGAGUGCGCGAUGCUGGCGGGCGGCGUGGUCCCGCCCCGGCUGGCGGCGCCCGCGCUGCCCGCGCCCGCCGUGCGCCUGCACCACAUGUCGCUGCGCGGCACGCCGCCGCUCGGCGCCAUGCAGCGCGCGCUCACGCUCGCCAACUCGUGGCCGCUCGCGAGGGCCACCAUCUUCGACGUCACCCAAUCGUUCACGUCGAACUGGCCGCGCGCGCUGUGGCUGGCGGUGGACGCGCGCGGGCUGACGCUGCUGCGGCGCGGGUCGCGCGCGGCGCUGGUGUCGCACGACCACGACCAGCUGCUGGCCGUGUCGCCCGCGCCGCGCGCCCUGCUGCUCGUCAUGCGUGCCGAGCGGAAGCACGCCAAGCUCGUGCUCUCCACGGACCAGGCUUACCAGAUCGCGACGCUGAUCAAGGACUACAUCGAGGCGGUGCGCGGGCCGGUGUCGCCGGCGGUGGCGCCGGUGGCGGACCCGUGCGGCGCGGCGCGCUCGGCCGCGGCCGCCUCGUGACACGCGGCGCAGCCCGCCGCCUAGUGCCAGUGCUUCCACGUCCGGCAGUGAGCUCGCGUUGCAGCGGGCACGGAACGGUUCCUAUGCGGUUGAAACGCGGCACUGACCCGACGCCACUAGCGGUUACUUCGUCUGAGGUACAGUGGGGGCUCGCGUCGAUCGCUUUGCUCAUUUAAGUCUUCCGUUGUCGCCGGUACGCGACCGCUGCUCGGCGUGCUCGGAAGAUAUGUUAGUGAAUGGUAAGUAACGUCAGCGAUCCGUUAAAACGUCGAGUGUCGCGUUUCGAACGGCAGUGUGUGCGUCUUUGUGGGAAGUAAAUGUUGAUAUGGUGUAGUGUACUUACAGUAACAAAAUUUUUAUGUAUAAAAUUCGUACGGGUUGUAAAUUGGCGAAACUAUAAUUGGAAUUAUUUUUAACAAAGUUUAUUAGUGAAAACAUAUCAGAGAAUGUCUGCAUUUACUUCAAAGCUCAAAAGUGCGACCGAAUAGCGGAACGGAGACCAAAAUGACAUCGAAAUAAUUUCUAUGAUUAUGCGUAGGACUGAUGGCGCUAAACAUUUUAUCUUUGAUAAAUAAACAUUUGUCAUCGUGGGACUAUCAAAUUAAAUGGAAAUAAAGAUGUCGUCCCG